CAUUUGGAAUUUUAUCACUUUCUUUUCCAUUGUAGUCCUUAUGAUGUCUUUGGAUACAUUCUCGACCAUGUCCUUGUUUUCGGGUGCAUCAAUUUAAUGUAUACUAGUGACUUUUGGCUUUUCAUAAACAAGAUAAAGGUUCACGGGUUUUACUGCAGAUUUAAUUUAAGUGUUAGUUGAAAUGUCUCAUUGUACCACCAUCUCCUAUGUUAUGGCUCUUACUUCUUCCAUCUGGUAACUUUUUCUAUGGACUCAUUUCGGGUGCAUCUAUUUUUUUGGCCGGUUUAGUUGGAAAUUUGACGACUCUAUUCACCACUAUUAACAUGACCCAUAGGCCAUAGCCAACUCUUUUUUUUCAUAGAUCCACUUGGCUUUUUCCACAAAAGUCCUCAGUUUUCAGGCUAUCUGGUGCUUAGAGAUCAAGUUUUCUUUUUGUAUUGGUGUUUGCAAGCCAUGCGGUUUCUGCUUCGAAUCUUCGAUCACUUGGAGCAUUUCCUAAAAAUAGGAUUUGGAGGUGGUGAAGGAAGGUAGUAGAAUGUUGGAUUUGAGGAUGAUCCAAAGCCACAAGCGUUCAAAAAGCUUUCCAGAAAAGAAAAGAGACCAACCUUCUUCCAAUAUUUCUUUUGAAGCCUCUCAACGCAUCAAGCUAGUGAGUACGAUCAUCCUUUCUUUUUUCCAAACAUGUAAAAGAUAUGUGAUAAAAAAGGAUAUGGGUCGUUCAAAUGAAUCAACUAGAGGAGCUAAGUACAAUCAUUAUCAAUCAAACACCGAAACUUCUCUGAAGCAGGAGGUUGAUCAGCUGGAGACAAGAUUGCAAGAUCAGUUUAAGGUUCGUUGUGCAUUAGAGAAGGCGUUAGGUUAUGGAACAGCUUCUUCUUACAUGCUUACUGAAACAAACGACAUUCCCAUUCCCAAGCAAGCUACUGACUUGAUCAAAGAAAUUGCGGUUCUUGAGAUGGAAGUUAUACAUUUGGAGCACUAUCUUCUUUCAUUGUAUCGAAAAGCCUUUGACCAGUCAAAUUCAGAGAACAAGAAGCCAAAGUCUCUUUCUUCUGUUACAACCCCUACAAGGCCUCUAGACUUUUGUGAAGAACCAGCUACAACAGAUCAUCCUACCAAUCCUCUUCUUGAUGAUGAUGGCAAAAACAGAAUGGACCCCUGUUUUCACCGUAGCCACUCCCAGCGUUCAGCAUUUGAGAGUAAGAAAGCAUCUCCAGAAUAUUCUUGGAGUGAAGCCAUCCGCUCUAGCCACUCCCAACCGCUGUAUGGGAAGAAUGGAGAAAAUCUAAUAAGUCUAGCUGAACAUCUAGGCACCCGAAUCUCGGAUCAUGUUCCAGAGACACCAAACAAGUUGUCUGAAGGAAUGGUCAAGUGUAUGUCAGAAAUAUACUGCAAGCUUUCAGAGUCACCUUCUGUACUAAAUCACAGACUUUCAUCAUCUCCAAACUCGUCCUUAUCAUCCAGUGCAUUUUCUCCCUCUGGAUUGGGAAACAGCUCCUCUUUCGAUAACUCGUUCCACGUAGAAGGAGAGAAGGACUUCAGUAGAACAUACAGCAACAUGGUUGAAGUGCUUUGCAUUUACAGAGACUCCAAAAAGGCCAGUGAGGUCGAAGAUCUACUGCAAAACUUUAAGUCGCUUAUCAGUAGAUUGGAGGAAGUCGAUCCAAAUAAGUUGAAAGAUGAGGAGAAGCUGGCCUUCUGGAUAAAUGUGCACAAUGCACUUGUGAUGCAUGCCUAUUUAGCUUAUGGGAUUCCACAGAACAGUGUGAAGAGAGUGCUACUGCUACUCAAGGCUGCAUAUAACGUUGGUGGACACGCAGUUAGCGCGGAAGCAAUACAAAGCUCAAUUCUUGGAUGCAAAAUGUCUCAUCCUGGACAGUGGCUUAGACUGCUAUUUGCUUCAAAGAAAUUCAAAGCAGAAGGAGAUAAAAGAUUAGCUUACGCAAUCGACCAUCCUGAACCUCUCCUACAUUUUGCACUUACUUCAGGCAGCCACUCGGACCCCCCGGUUCGUGUAUAUACAUCGAGAAGAAUCCAGCAGGAGUUAGAAACAUCGAAAGAAGAGUAUAUAAGAAUGAACUUCAGCAUACGCAACCAGAAAGUCCAGCUACCAAAACUUGUGGAAACCUUUGCAAAAGAGUCCGGUUUAUGUCCUGCAGGUGUCACGGAGAUGGUUAACCGGAGUAUACCGGAAUCUUCAACACAAUGCCUUUGGAGAUGUCAAGCUGGUAGUAAAUCACGCAAGGCCAUUGAUUGGAUCUCUCACAGCUUUACUUUCAGAUAUCUUAUUCUUAGAGAAAUUGCCAAAUGAAAUUUAUUCGUAUUUUGAUUGUAUGUACAGGCAGCUUGUUGUACAUGUUCGAUCAUCCCGGCCGGUUAAUUAUUAGAGAUUCAUAAACUUAAUCUGUUAGACGAACA